AUGAAGCCUCAGAGUCUGGAUACUCUCCCUUUCGAUGUCUUCUAUCAAAUCGCCACGUCGCUGGACGACCGUGACUUUAUCAAUCUCAGCCGCUCCAACCGCGCCCUGCGCGCACUAACGCAAAGUGAGCAGAUCGCCCGCAAGACCGUCGAGAAUGGGUUACUCUACAGCAAAGAAGGUCGGGCAGCCGUGGCGGCCCAGUCUGGGUACCGCAAGGCUGUCGGUCAUCGCUUUGAUAUCCACGAGGCUGUCGCCACGGCAAAUCCCUACUCUGUCGCUGUGCUAGGCUAUGGGGCCGACUUUCUUUACAAUCAAGGCAUUCUUUGUUAUCGCUGGCAAGAGGAGAUUCGUCUGUUAGACGUGCAUGGGGACAAGCUUGCCGAACGCGUGAUUUACCUCCCUUACAUCCAUGAACGGUUCGGUGUCAGCCCUGCCAACUCAUGUCCCGGUAGCCGGAUCACGCUGGUCGCUUAUAGUGAUGAUAUUCUCGUUUUUCGGGAGACUGGCGUGACUGCGACCGAGGAUACGCUGUGGGCGGUUAAUACAGAAAGCCGGGCCAAACAAAGAUUGGCCAGACGCGUGCUGUUGUCGCAGACCAUCCCGGCCGGGGCUCCUCUCUUUGUGCGCCAUACCCGAUCUUACAUCUGGUUUGGCACUUUUACAGUGGCCGAAGGCUCGGACGGGGUAUGGUCGGUGACAGGUUUGGAUUUCCUCACUCAUCUCUAUAUUGAGUUUCCACUCGAUCGAGUUGUCGACGGUGACCUGGGACAAACAUUGUGUUUUGAGAUGUAUCAGGAACACCUCUACGCGGUGUCAACGCAAGUUGCUUCAGACGACACCGAGGUACAUUCUUCCUUCUAUCACUGGUUUUGUCAUGCCCCUCGCGAAGCUGGCCGCAAAUGGAACGGUCGCUUCUGGCGCCGUGAGCACCAGGAAGGUCCUAUCAACGAGAUGUGGACUGACCUUUCUAUCCGCACGGAUGAAACGACCGGACGACCGGUGAUUUUGGAAUGUCGUCGGGAAUGGCGACAUGGAGGGAGUGAAAACCACCGCACCUACUAUACACAAAGACUACCCACGCCUGAAGAGGCUUUGGCGCCUCUUUCAGAGGGUAGAGUCGAAACCCCGUCCUGGGUUUCCAUGGACGACGACCUCGACGAUAAUCACCCCUACGAUGAACGACCCGCCAAACGGUUACGUCGCGAUUAUCACGCUGAGUAUGAGAGCGACGCCGACGAGAAGAAGCGCCAGGAAUUCAUUGCCGUUCGGACAAAGCACCGCAACUACCACCUUGGUGCAUCAACCUUUAUUGAUCUCGUCAACGAUCCAGCUCCAAUUGGCGACAGUGUGCGGUCUCGAGACCGAAUCCGCCUCCGUACAGUAUCACGGAAGCGCAAAUCCCCCAUUGAUGAAGAAGGGAUCGAAGGCCCUCGCAAUAAACUAUUCCAGCCGACACAGAUGGACCAAGAUGGUCAUCCUAUUGAAGCCUCUGAAGAACGCUUCGAGUGUCGUGGUGUGCAUCUGUGGCCUCCAGACAACGCCCCUCCUGCACUACACCAUCUUCUCUGUCCAGACGCACGCACUUCCUCCGUGAAAGGCAUUUCAGAUGAGCGUUCCCUUAUCUAUUCUGUCCCCUGUCCUGGACUACCUCCAGACCACCAAGCCCUCAUUCUUAUCAGUUUCGAUCCUAAACUCUAUAUCCCUACCGUUCAAACCCUUUACCCUGGCGAAGAGGCCGAUGCACGAGACAUCUUCCGCGUGAGGCCCCGGCCACCAAAUCAUUAUGUCAAGGAUGUUAUACAAGAGGCGCAGCCUUUUUUCCUUGCUAUCCGACGUGGCUACUGGCUGCGUUGA